AUCAUACCCCGAUUUGAGGGUCAACCAUGUUCCAGUUCAGUGUAUAUACUUUUAUCUUUAAUAUUUGAUGUCACAUUUUAUCCACCCUGUGAUGUUUGUGUUUUGCACGCAUGCGCAUUGCAAAGAUUCUGCUUCAGCGAGAAGGGUCCGAUGUUAGUGUGAACCGAAGAGACAUGGCUGAAAUGGAGCUGCCUUCAAUCUAAACGGGACUCAACUGCUGGACUUAAAAGGAACUCUCGUCGUGAGCUCAGUUCCUGGCGGCGCCACCAUGUCGUGCCGGGACAUCCACGCCACCAACGCCUUCGCCUUCAUCGUUGCCUUUGUGUGCGUGGGAGGGAUUGCUGUGGCAGCAUUAAUCCCGCAGUGGCGUAUAACGAGACUCGUCACUUUCAAUCGUAACGCCAAGAAUGUCAGCGUGUAUGACGGGCUGUGGGCUAAAUGUGUGAAACAGGACGGAUAUUCAGGAUGUUACUACUACGAUUCAGAGUGGUACGCCAAAGUCGACCAGCUGGAUCUGCGGCUUCUGCAGUUCUGCCUGCCUGCAGGCCUGCUGUUUGGCUCUGUGGCCUUGCUGCUGUGCAUGGCGGGAAUGUGUAAAACCUGCUGCUGCUCAGACAAGCCGGAACCGGACAUUAAGACCAUCAGAUUCCUGGUCAACAAUGCAGGCUGUCACCUGGUGGCAGGGACGUUCUUGUUCCUGGGCGGAGCUAUCGCCAUCGCACCGUCAGUGUGGUUCCUGUUCCGCACCAAGGAAAUGAACAUCAGAUACGAUAACAUUUUCUCCGAUGGCUUUGCUGUGUAUGUCGCUAUAGGCUGUUCUGGAGGACUUAUGCUAGCCGCACUGUUGAUGUUCAUGUGGUACUGUAUGUGUAAGAAGUUGCCUUCACCCUUCUGGUUGCCGCUGCCAUCCAUGCCCAACUCUCUGUCCACCCAGGCUCUUACUGCCAACGGAUAUUCUCCUUCGCCGGUUUAUGGUCCUCAGCCCUUCGCGUCGCAGCCCUUCCCUCCCACAGUUAUCGACGCCCAGCCGUAUGUGACCUCUCAGGGCUACGCGCAGAGUGCGCUCGCCCCUGCACAGGUCUACGUGUCCCAGGUUUCCGCUCCAGAUGGGUAUGGUUCAGAGGUUGGAGGGACCCAGGCCUACAGCUACGCCCCGUCCCAGAGUUACGCGCCGUCCCAGAGUUACGCGCCGUCCCAGAGUUACGCCCCGUCCCAGAGUUACGCCCCGUCCCAGAGUUACGCGCCGUCCCAGAGUUACGCGCCGUCCCAGAGCUACGCUCCAUCCCAGGGCUACGCGGGCCACCGCUACUCCUCCCGCUCACGGAUGUCUGCCAUAGAGAUAGACAUUCCCGUUCUGACACAAGGGCAGUAAGGCUGUUGAGAAAUUCAGCACUUUGAAGGCUUCUGUUCAUGAAGAUCUCCACUGAUGACACUAAUAGAGUAUAAUAGAUGAAAAUAUUUGAGAGCUACUCACAGCCCCCUGGAGUGUUUCAGUCAGUCAGUAUAGGUCUGUAUAUUCCCUGGGCUAAUGAAGGAUGAGAUGUACUACUAUGUCACUUGUGCAAACAAUACUGUAUUUAGCGUAAUAUUGUAGAAACAGAAACUUUAAACAAAUCUGCCUUUUUCAUUGUUUUACCAGUGGAGAAUGACCACAAACAAUGGCUUCUAACUCGCUGAAGUGGCCAAAGGACCAAUGCCAAAUGUUACUAGCAUUUGGUAUGUGGGCUGAAUAUAAAUCCCCAUUCUUGUUUUUUUAGAGUAAAGACGCCCUGUUGAUGCCAAAAGGCUCCUGACAGCUUGUCAGUUGUUAUUCUGUUACAUUUGUUAAUGUUGAAUACAUAGUCACACUAAAAUGAAGUGUCAAUCUUUUAGUAUAGAAGUCUAAUGUUAUUACUCACUACUGUAUGUUACUUAACAUUCUGUGGUUUUGAAUGAUAAACUGAUUCACCUGUUAAUAUAUUUUUUUGCUGUAUUACAUCAAUUUUUAAUGUCACAUUACCUCGGUGAGGAGUAGUUGAAGUUUUUAAUGCACUAAUUGUGUGAACAUUGGGCCAGUUUACAUUGCCUUUGUUCACUGACCUUGUUAUAGCCUUCACUAUGUUAACAAAACUUUUCAGCAUACUUUUCUAUAGUGUUAAACUACGGAACUAACACAUUAGAUUUUAACCUUUGAUAACUAAAACUUUUGCUGAUUUAGCUGUGUUGUAUUGCUUAAUGUUGGUGGACAGUUUCACCUUACAGUUUUAAGUCUUUCCUUUUGCAUAAUGAGCACUGAUCAGCAGUCCUUCAAAGUCUAAAUGCGUUAAUCUUAAUAAGGUUGAAGUCAAAUGUUUUUGUACUAUUUGUUUUUAUUAAAAACCAAUCCAAAUAUG